AUUUAUUCUAUAGAAUAUGGAGUCUUAAAAAGUUGAGUAGAUAAGAAAUAUGGUAUGGAGUUCAUUUGAUCAAAGUUUGCCGGUUUUAAUAGAUAUUUUAAGAAUUCCAAGUAUGUCAAGAGAAUUUGAUCCUGAAUAUUUAACAAAUGGAUUAUUAAUGGAGACAGUAAAAUCUUUUGAAAAAUACAUAAGAGGAGCUAAUCUAAAGAGUAUAUAAUUAAUGAAUAUAUUAAAUAGAUGCAUAGAUUGAAAUACAUAGUGAUGAAGGUUUUUCCCCCUUUCUUUAUGUAGAAGUAGAUGGUUCAGAUGGAAUGAAUGAUGGGACUGUUUUACUUUAUGGACAUAUGGAUAAACAACCACCAUUUACUGGAUGGAGAGAUGGUUUAUCAGCCUAUGAUCCAAAAAUAAUUGAUAAUAAAUUAUAUGGAAGAGGUGGAGCAGAUGAUGGAUAUGCAAUAAUGGCAUCUAUUAUUAGUAUUAAAACAAUCUAAGAGCUUGGAUUGAAGCAUCCAAGAAUAAUUAUGGCAUUUGAAGCAGAUGAAGAAAGUGGAUCUCAACAUAUAUAUCAUUAUUUAGAAAAAUUAUAAUCAAAAAUUGGUUAAGUAGAUUUAGUAAUAGCUUUGGAUGCUAGUUGUGGUAGUUAUGAUAGAUUAUGGGUUACAACUACCUUAAGAGGUAUUGUAGUAGGCACUGUUACUGUUUAAGUCUUAGAAGAAGGUAUUCAUUCAGGAGCAUCUGGAAAUGUACCAUCAUCUUUUAGAAUCUUUAGGUAACUUUUAAAUCGAAUUGACAAUCCAUAAACUGGAGAUGUUGUUGAUGAAUUCUAAGUCAUUGUUCCUGGUAAAAGAUAUUUAGAGACCUAAAAAACAGCAGAAGUCUUUAAAGAAGUGAUCACUAAAUUUCCCUUCCAUUGCAAUACUUAACCUGUAUUUCAAGAUCGAUUUAGAGUAUACUUGAAUAAGAUAUGGAGAGCAUAAUUAUCAGUAGUUGGCGCAGAUGAUUUACCAAAUUGUAUUUAAGCUGGAAAUGUCUUACUACCUAAAACUACUCUUAAAUUAUCAUUAAGAAUACCUCCAACUAAGAAUCACUUAGAGGCUAAAGAAAGCUUUGUUCGAUUAGUAUAUUAUAGAUAUAUUAUUCCUUAGUUAACUACUGAUGUUCCAUAUAAUGCAACUGUCACAAUUAAUGCUUUAAGAUCAGGUCCAGGUUUUAAUGCUUUAGAUAAUCAACCCUACUUAGAUUCUAUCAUUAAUUAAGCAUCAUUAGAUUAUUAUGGAAAUGAAGCUACAACAUUUGGAGAUGGUGGAGCUAUUUAUUUAAUGACUCAUCUUUAAACCAUAUAUCCUAAAGCUUAAUUUUUAAUUAUUGGUGUCUUAGGAACUGGUGCUAAUGAACAUGGGCCAAAUGAAUGUUUAGAUUUGCCUAACGUAAAAAAAUUAAUAAGUUGUAUAACCUAAAUCAUAUCUGAAGUCUAGCCUCAUAUCAAAAAAUUAUGA